UGGGAAAGGAGCGAUUUUGUUGCCGGAUCUGGUGGGCUUCUUCUUUUUCGCGGAUCUGGUUCGGAUUGGCAGUGUUUAGCCCUAGUUUGGUGUGGAGGUUUUCAUUGCGAUGGGGAAUUGUUUGGCGGUUCGGAUCAAGGCUGAGAGUCCCUUCCAUAGCGCCAGUACUUCAGGAACAACUUCUAGAAAUAAUAGCAAAAACGUUAAUGGAUUAAGUGGUUCAAGCAGCAAGGUAUCAUCAACCUCUGUACCUCCUACACCUCGAAGCGAGGGAGAGAUCUUACAAUCAUCCAAUGUGAAGAGCUUUACCUUCAAUGAUCUCCGAAAUGCCACCAGGAACUUCCGGCCGGAUAGUGUGUUGGGUGAAGGAGGUUUUGGUUCUGUUUUUAAAGGUUGGAUUGAUGAGCAUACGUUUGUCGCUACAAAGCCGGGGACUGGUAUUGUUAUUGCUGUGAAAAGGUUGAACCAGGAAGGCUUCCAAGGUCACAGGGAAUGGCUGGCCGAGGUCAACUAUUUGGGUCAAUUGUACCAUCCCAAUCUUGUCAAGCUAAUUGGAUAUUGUUUAGAAGAUGAGCAUCGGCUGCUGGUCUAUGAGUUUAUGCCUCGGGGAAGUUUAGAGAAUCAUCUCUUCAGGAGGGGUUCAUACUUCCAACCUCUCUCUUGGAACCUUCGUAUGAAGGUUUCCCUUGGAGCUGCAAGAGGGCUGGCUUUUCUGCAUAGUGCUGAGACAAAAGUUAUCUAUCGUGAUUUCAAGACUUCAAAUAUACUCCUUGAUUCAAACUACAAUGCAAAGCUUUCUGAUUUUGGAUUGGCAAAAGAUGGUCCGACUGGUGAUAAAAGCCAUGUCUCCACACGAGUUAUGGGAACAUAUGGAUAUGCAGCUCCUGAGUACCUUGCCACAGGUCAUUUGACUACCAAGAGCGAUGUGUACAGCUUCGGUGUGGUUCUCCUAGAAAUGUUAUCCGGACGACGGGCAGUUGACAAGAACCGGCCAUCAGGGGAGCACAAUCUGGUGGAAUGGGCGAGGCCAUACCUCACAAGCAAGCGUAAAUUCUUCCGUGUUUUGGACUCUCGACUAGAUGGUCAGUAUUCACUGGGAGGAGCCCAGAAAGCAGCCGCCCUCGCACUCCAAUGCCUAUCCUCAGAAUCCCGGUUCCGUCCAACCAUGGAUGAAGUUGUAUCCACUCUGGAACAGCUUCAGGAAGCCAAGGACACCACCAAAAGCACUCCGGCCCAAGGUAAUAAAGACAGCAACCGAAAACUAGCUAACAACGGCCAGAGGUCUCGCCGGAGAAGCUCAGCAGAUGUAGUAAAUGGAAAAGCUGCAUAUCCUAGACCAUCGGCUCCGUCUCUUUCUUCUUAGUUGAUCGAUGAAACGGGCGGAUGCUUUCGUAUUUAUUCUUGACAUCUCUCAUAUCACUCAUUGAGAGUAACUAUUUAUGUAUGUAUUUUUGCAAAUGCUGGCUUGUUGUAUAGCUGCUGCUGCUGCUGCUGCUGUUCAUCCAGAUGGCCAAUGGCAACAAUCCAGAAUUUUGUGUUUUUAUUCAAAGUUUGUGUUAAUAUAGAUCCAUAUGAGAAUUGUGAAUCUCUUGUA